GGCGAGGGGCGGCUAUAUUCAAUUCCAGGGCAAAAAAGCACAUCCGGAGGGUGCGGCUUCGCUCGGAAUACCGCUCUCCGAUUGGUACCUGAUACCAUCAUCGUGGGAGUAAGCGUGUUCCAUCGGCCAAUGAACGUUCGUUGGGUGUUAGCCAGCUGUGUGAUAUCGUGUUCCUCUCUUUCACGGAUAGAGGGGAUGUUAACUUUUGGCUUUACAAGCAGAUUGUCCUGUGCCGUUGACUGGUAUGUUGCGGUCCAGUCGCACCGCCACGUCCUCUAAAAUUUAUUGAGGCGCAUCACCUACGUUUUCUCCGUGUGUUUAUCAAUCAGUUUUAUCGGUCGCAAUCGACUCUUGUACCGUUUGUUUUUUUAUUCUUUUUCAAUAAAUUCGGUUUCACACACCGCGACAGUGUAAAGUGUUGUUUGAUUUUCAUUUCGAUCCCGUUACGUUUCGUCCAGAUUAAUGAAAGUGAACGAUCGACGAUACGAAACUCAUACGUCAGCACCAAGAGAAACCAUUUCAUACUCAGUGAUCAUGUGAAGAACUAAUUUAUAUUUUAUACAUUUACUUCACAGUCGUAUGAUAUACAAAUGAAACUGGAAAGUGGGAAAAAGGGAGAAAAUCUGGAUUAUACUUACGUACACUGUGUCGGUAAUAUAUAUAAAACAUCAUCUAUUAUGUACACCGUGAAGAGUUCACACCACCGAUAAUAUCGAUGUGAUUUUUACGAGGGGUUUCCGAAAACGAGGGACAUGCUGGUCGAAAUAAAGCAUAAAUUUAUAAUAACACAGGGGGAUCUCUUUGUGAAUUGCCUGUAACGAAAGAAAGAAAGAUUAAACUAAAAUAAUCAUCGUAAGACUGAAACUGAUAACUAACAACUUUAUAUAUACAUAAUUUUAUCACCGAGUUACUGAUCGUAUGUACAAUACACACAUACCGCGUGCAGUGAAUGAGGAGGAGAAUAUAUAUAAAUUAGUGAUAUUACAAGACGACUGUUGCAGUGUAGUGUCCACUGCAGCUGGAGUGAUAAAUUACUUACUAAUUGCAAUUUAUUAAGGUUUCACCGAUACACGUGUACGUAAAUCUUGAAAAUUCAUCGUUUUUCUCGUCUCUCGAAUUGUGAUUGCAGGCUAAUUAACCGAGCGCUAGGUUUUCAACCGAUAAACAAUCGAAGGAGCUAAUUACUUAGUCCGGAUUAUCUAUCGGUGGUUCAGACGUUCCAAUAUGGCGGCCGGAAUAAAUUGGACCAUCUGAAAUGAAAUCCCUCUCGAGCCGCCAAUAGUAGAGCGCUGCCCGACGGUAAAUGGUGGAUUUUUACCUCGCCAUUAGCAUCGUGCGAUGGACGGGUCGUUGGGAGGAAAAGAAUGAGGAACGCGUUUCAAAGAUGCAUAAAAUAUCGUUGCUGACGAAAAAAGACGACCGACGAUCCGAGGAAGUAUAAUCGGGUGGUGACGAGCAAUCGGAUGGAUUAGCGCAACGGGAGAAAUUGGAUUACGUAAAAUAAAAAUUGAAAGGAAAAAUUUCCCGACUCACCAACUUGUUAGCGUCUAUGUUACGUGCGGAUCGAAUGUCGCGUAGAAAACUGUCGACUGAACGAAUGAAGAAAUUUAGAUAAAGUACACGAUUCGAGUGUUCAGAUAACCCUCGAUGAGAAUAUUUGACCGGUUGAGAAAUUAGCGUCUCUCCGUCGGAGAAAUACGGCUCGAAGUUGGUACCGAAAAUGGUACUAGAACCAGGAGGUGGUCUCUCCUUUCCUCCUCCUCCUGGCGGUGGAUCAUCCGGAUCCGGUGGUUCCCUGUUGACUCCGGCCAGAUUGUUCCCGAGGGCCGCACCGGUUUUUCCGUUUCAUUUGACGGCAUGGCAUCCGCAUCAUCCUGUUCUCGGACAGGUUCAAACGCAAGUUCAACAAACAAUGCAAGCUCACCAUCAGGCAGCGGCAGCCGCGGCGGCGGUCAGAUUUUUCAACCAUCAUCAUCCGCAUCACUCGCAUCCCGCUCUCGGAAAUCAUCCCCUGGCCCCCGGAAUCGGUGGACAUCACGCCGGCGCUCAUCACCUCCAUCAUAACGCCGAUCACGGCGAUGACGACGACGACAAAAAAGGAUGUGACGGUGAGUCGGACGAAGGUGGAAGCAAACGACGAAGAAGUAGAACCAAUUUUAACAGCUGGCAAUUGGAGGAAUUGGAAAGGGCGUUUCUGGCCAGUCAUUACCCGGACGUGUUUAUGAGAGAAGCUCUGGCCGUGAGGCUGGACCUGAAAGAAAGUCGCGUAGCCGUGUGGUUCCAAAACCGUAGAGCAAAGUGGAGGAAGAAGGAACACACCAAAAAAGGUCCCGGACGACCUGCCCACAAUGCGCACCCACAGAGUUGCAGCGGCGAACCUAUUCCACCCGAAGAACUUCGCAGAAAGGAACGCGAAAGACGACAAAAAAAAUUGCUCAAGGCUCUCGAGAGACAGCAGCGGAAAUUAGCCGCUAAGGGAAUAUCGGUGGACCUUUCGACGUUGCGAGCGGAAUGGGAGUCCCGGAGUGCGGCCGCAUCGUCGGGGGGUUCUUUGGGUCAGAUGAACGGUUCGUUCGGUCACCUGGGUAACCCCGAGGGCAGCGUAUCCGGUUCUGGAAACGACGUAAACGAAGAGAUCGACGUAGUCGGCGGUUUGGAUUCGUGCAGCGAAAGCGGUAGCGAACGGGUCGACUCCGCGGCUGACGGUUCCAUAGACGGCGAGUGUCACUCGGGGUCCGGUGACGUUGAUUCGAGGCGGCAUCACCCCGGAAGUCACUCGCAAAAUCCGAACGGCAUAAGCCUGAACCUGAACCUUAAUCAUCAGCAGGGUAUUCACCACUGGGGAUUGAGUCUUUUGGAGCGGAGACGAGAGUUGGUUAACCUCGGUAACCCCGCUCUUAAUUCGUCCUCUAAUCAGUUUCAAGAGGACCGGAGUGCCGAUGAGGAGGUUCAGAGCAGCAGCAUAGACUUGUCGGUGAAAGGUCGCGAGGAGAGGAAAAGGUUGAAUCCAUUUUCCAUCGACAGCCUACUCGGUAAUAAUAGGGCGGCUACGCCCAGCGUACAAAUUCCCCGGGUCAACAACAAUAGCAGUAACAAUAACAAUAACAACAACAACAACAAUAAUAAUAACAAUAAUAAUAAUAGCAGUAGCAACAAUAACAAUAACACGAGCAACAACAACCGUUCCGCAACACCGCCGAACAACGGAACCACUUUAUCGCCUACCUCGUCGCCACUUUCCUUACCAACGUCACCCUCGACCACGUAAUGUGUUUGAAAUUCAUUGAGAGGCACGGAUCGAUCCUUUUCGUUUUGUCGAUUUCUAUUUUUCGUUCCGUUUUUUGAUUUUUUUUUUCCACUCGAGGCAAAAGAGGUCGGGUAUACUACAUUACUUUUUUAGGUAAUAGGUACUGUACUACUAUAUCAAUUCCAACAUAUCCACUACUACCUAUACAUUCGUAUGUUAAUGAUCAUUAAGAGAUGAGAGACGUAAAAAUAUGAAAAUCCUAUGUAGCAUGUUUUCGGUUUCAGCCUCGAUCAAAACGGUUACAAGUGUAUCUGUAAACUGAUUAACUCUUAAGUAAGUGAAUGAUUAAGUGAAUAAUCGUAUAGUCGAUCGAAUAUGAUAGAAACAAAUCGAUUGAAGUGAAUGAUAAUUAAUUUAAUACGGGGAUAAAAAAAAUGAGAAAAAAAAAAAAUUUGUAAAGGAUCUCCGAGGCUGAAUCAAUUAUACGACAGACUGUGAAUUAUAAUUAUAUAUACAUACAUAUAUGUAAUCGACGAUCGAGAUUCUAGUUUAUUCGGUAUAUAUAUAUAUAUAUUAAUCGUUUCUAUGUUUAUCGAAUUUAGAAUCGAAUUAUUCGUAUGUAAAAUGUGCAAUAAUUAACUGUCUCAUAUAGGUAUAUAAUAAUACAUACGCGGAUGAAAUAUUUCAUAAAAUAUACCCCAAUCGCGAUUAUAUAUUAUCCACAAAUUUCAUCGUUCUUCAUCACACCAUCUGUCUCUGUAUAAACGACAAAUUAUCAUUCCAUAUAUUCCGAAUCGGAAAUAACGGAUGUUUUUCGGUUUUUUUUUUUUUUUUUUUCUUUUUUUUUUUACACUCGCGAAUUAAUGCACAGUGAAUUCUUAACAGCCGUGUAAUUUUCACGGUGUUAGGAAGUGACGAAUUACGCGCGUCCGAGAGGCGAAAUGUAUUUAAUGUAAAUAGCGUAGAAAUUAGGAAACUUAUAUAUAUAAUAAAAUGAAAGUAAAACGGAUAAAAAAAAAAAAAAAACUGAUUUCCAAUUUUAAAAAAAUACCUAGUGUUCGAGUUAAAAACAAAAAAUAUACAUAUAUAUAUAAUUUAAAGCAAUAGAAGGUCUCGAUUUGUACAUAAAUACGUAUACAUAAAUGAAAUAUACAUACUUAGGUCUAUGAUAGGGCGAGCUGAAGUGGAGAAAAGGAAAGAAAAGAAAAUUCAUAAUUGAAUCAUCGACGUAAUUUUGUCCCUUCAUCAAUUUGAUUACCAGCCAAAAAGGGUGAUUAUCCGUUUGGCGUCACACCUAUACCUGUCGACAAGAAAUGAAAACAAAUUUUUUUUUUUUUUGAUUCGCUUCCAAUAAAGAUGCCAUAAGUGCAGACCUGCGAGAAGAAAAAAAAAAAAACAAGUACUGUAUAUCCAUUAUAAAUAUAUUAAUUUAUUCUCAA